CCCAGCCGGUGAAAAUAGAACGUGGAUUGUAUUGAACGGUUACCCUUAACCCUCGUCUAACCCCGGCAACAGAGAGUUCGGAGUUCCUCACCUGUAAUUUGGAUCCAACAGGUAGAUGGUGGACCUAAAUCAACAGCCCCGUUGAAAUAUUUGAUAUUAAUUCUAUGCAAAUUUUAUCCAGGUGAAAGUUUAACUUCCUUUUAAUUGUCGCGGCAGUGGAAAACUGGAUUUUAAAAUUGUAAAUUCUUUACGUGUGAAAUCUAACUCACCUGUGUGAACGUUGGAUGUUUACAUGCAAAUUCAGUUUUUUUCUCACCUGUUUUAUUGUGAGUAUUUGAUAAAAUACCAAAGUGUCAUUGGUUGAAGUGUUUGAUUGUGGUGGGAAGCGUGACAGAGUUUGUGGUACUAGAUUAUUAGUGGGACAUAUUGCCACAGGCCCAGCAUGGAUGUAUACACACAGUGUUAACUGGAUCGAUUUGACUGUGAUAUUCUGGAUAUCGACUUUUAAAAAAGCCGAGUGAAGAUGACCGCCUGUUGAGUCCCUUACUUCCACCCUGGAACGGCCCACGGACAGUGGUCAUCCCUAAAACUGACCAAGGCUACGGAUUCACCCUCCGCCACUUCAUCGUCUAUCCCCCGGAUUUUAACGUACAAGACCAAUAUCAGCCCUGCGAUGACUCCCAGGAUUACCCUCGUGGAAUCUCCUGUAAGCGGCCCAAGCUGCGUAGACUUGAGCCUAUGGAAACAAUCUUUGUUAAGCAUGUAAAAGAAGACAGUGUUGCCCAGAACGCCGGUCUAAACGAAGGAGACCGAAUUCUGUCCAUUAACGAUAUACCCAUCCUCGGCCAGUCCUACCCACAAAUCAUCUCCCUGAUACAGACGUCCAAUGAGCCAGUACUCAAACUAGAUGUUUUACCUAGAGACGAGGAUGUUCUUCAGAUGGCUUACCAAAAUUCAAACAGAAAUUCCCUUCAGGAGCCCCUAUAUCACAGUCGUAGCAGCAGCAGUAACAUUAGUGGUAACAGUAUAAAAGUCAAAGGUCAGCAGGUCUACCCUUCUCCGUCAUCCCAGGGGAUAUCAACCUCCGGCGAGACAGGAAGGUAUCGAGGACCAGAACGAAGAUUUUCAGCAUCGUCUUUGGAUGAAUAUGCUGAUUCAGACGAGUUGAAUUACAGGUAUCUUGGAUCUUCUGAAAAAAGUAGAAAAAUGAAAUCUUCAACUUCUUACACUUCAGGAUUAAGUAUGUACAGGGAACCCCAGCUCAAGAGCAAUGCAAGUGGGGGUGACCUUCACAAGGUCGUGUUUAAUGACAGACGCAGGCAGUUUGAGUCACGUGCAAAGGAGAAUCUCAAGGGGCCCUCAAAGACAUACUCAUUAGGGUUGUAUUAUCCUGCACCAAAAAAGGAGUCCGUCCCAGUUAAAACAUCCGAAGGUGUUCCAAGCGCUUCUUCUCACUACAGACGGUCAACAGACAACAUCCUCCAGUCAAACGAUUCUCUAGAGAAUAUCACACGGUCUGUAACUGUCAAACCACAGGGCAGAGUUAUUCCCCUUGAACAACGCCCUUCUGCAAGAGAAGGUAUGAAUCAAUCACAACAGGAAUCAUAUAAUGUCGGAAAUUCAUCAACAUACGCAUCAACUUUGUCAUCUUCAUCUUCACGUCACAGCUACCCUGAUUCGUCAUCAGCAUUAGCCAAUCAGAGCACAGCAAUACCUCACUCGUACACAUCCCAAACUAACGUGGCAGGUGAUCAAUUGAAAAGUGAACACUUAACUAGGCAUUACGUUCCUGUUGUGUCACAGACCUCUGGUGUGUCAAUCAGUCCGAAAUUAUCCUCGAGUGUCGACGGACUUGACUCGUCACGCUCUGGUCACUACAUUACGGAGCGAAGUCUACGGACAAAUUAUAGCUCACCUGCGUAUGAGCAACAAAAUCAAAAUGGUAGUGCUAGAACCUUUAUUGUGAAAAUCGGCAAUAAGACCAUUGAAACGGGAGGAAAUAAUCCGACAAACGGUCAAAUGUCAAGUGGUGGUGCUGUACAGAUGUCAAAUCAGUAUGGCUCCACGUUUGCUCUGACUAAAUCUCCUCAUGGUGCUCAAAUUGAAAUCAAGCAAAAAGAUAACAGGGAUAGACCUCCAAUAGUGUCGUACAGAAAGCAACAGUUUGAGACUGGACAGAAUGACAACAACCAGGGACAAAAUCUCAACAGGUACAAAACGGAAAUUAAGAAAAUCACAUCUGGGAAAUUUGCGACUGUCGCAAACCGUUUACAAAAUUUUGAAAAAGAAGGAAUCUGUGUACGAAGGAUGUCAUCCACAGAGAGAUAUUCGUCACCGGAACCUUCGUCAGGACAUACGUCACAUUCCCACUCGUCGGAGCGUAGCACACCCCAACCACAACCGCCUCCACAGCAGCAGACGGCCCCAAUUCGAAUCUACGUAUCCCAGGGUACACCUCACUCCUCUUCCUCUCCGCUGGUUGAGAUCAUGCAGAUGCCUAUAUACCAAGACUCGGCAAUGCAGAAUGCUCAGCCGAUGGAAAUGACAACAUCCAAAGCUUCCAUUCGUAUGCAAGAUGAUGAUGUAGAUGGAAUGUCUGAUGAUGAGGACCGAGGAAACAAACCAGUCCGGAAGCCCUCAUUCCUGGCAGCUAUCAACCAACCACCAAGAUAUGGUCAGUCUGUCUCUGACCUGCCCAGCCCGGAUUCCCCACCGAUCAGCCCAAGUCCAUGGAUGGGCUCACAUACCUCCAUCUCAAGUUCCAGCAAUAUUGGACUGCUACCGUAUUCUUCUUUAUCCUCAGUUGUGUUGCCUCCUCCUAAUUCUGAUACAGGCCUGGCUCUGACUAGUACUCCUAUCCGAGAUUCCACUCCUUCCGUCAUUCUCCGGAAGAAAUCUGAGUCAACACCAGAGGAGGAAGCCAUCAAAUUGCAGAGGAGAACAUCGUAUCUCAUGGCAACAGCCAAGGACAGAGACAGUCACAAGCUGUCAUUGGACAAAUCACAAUCUCCCAACCAAUCAGCUGAGAUGACAAUGCAAACUCCAAAUAAACAUCACAGUAUGAAGAAAUUGAAAGCCUUCUUUGGAGAAAGGACGCCACGGAUCAUGGAGGCGACCGAGAAGAGACAGGACCCUGCCAGUCCUAUACAGGAAGUGGUGAAGGAAGGUACACUCCACCUAAAAACGGACAUCACUGACGGAAAGAGAAGCAGUGAUAGGUCCUGGAAGCCAGUCUGGGUGGAACUGAGAGGCCAUGCUCUGUACCUACACAAGGAGAGGAAGGAAACAGUAGGAGUGUCACACCCUUUCUCCUUUGAAGACCAGCCAAUCUCUAUCAAGUCUUCAAUUGUCGACAUUGCCUAUGACUACACGAAAAAGAAAAACGUCUUUCGUCUGAAGACCUACAAUGGCUCAGAGUACCUGUUCCAAGCAGAUGAACACGAGGCCAUGUUGUCAUGGAUACGAGCUAUUCAGGAGAACAAUGACCCAGACUCGGAUGUAAGGGGUUCGAGGUGUAAAGUCCGGGAGAAAGGUCUAGCCAGCAAGGACCUUAUCAUCAGGAAGAGUAACCAGUACGAGUCAACCCAACCCCCUCCCAACAUGUCUGCCAACAAGACCUCGCCGCAGGCUCCACCCAAGUCCAACAAAAAGCUGCAGGUGCUCUCGCUUAAACCCAAAAUACCACACUCCCCCAGCAUGAAACGUAAGAAGGCAGAAAACAAAGACGAUAGCACCAAAGCUAAGACGCUUCGAGGGAAGCUUAAGAGCUUCCGUAAAUAUGGUGUAUUAGGAUCUGGUCAUUCUGAGGAGCAUGAGAACUCUGGAAUGUUCGCAGUACCUCUGUCCUGUUGUAUACCAUCACCUAACAAUGAUUUCGUGCCCCUGAUCGUUGACCUGUGCACUAAAAUCGUAGAGGCGCGUGGUCUGGAGGUUACAGGGGUGUACAGAGUUCCUGGUAACUCAGCUGCUGUCAACCACAUGCAAGAGGAACUCAAUAAGGGCAUUGAUAACAUGAACGUGGACCAUGAGAAGUGGUGCGACGUCAAUGUAAUCAGCAGUCUACUGAAGACCUUCUUCAGGAAGUUACCAGAUCCACUGAUUACUACAGAGCUGUACCAGAGCUUUAUAAACGCCAACAGGACAGAGGACCCCGAGAGACGUAUGCUCAAGGUCAAAAGGUUAUUGCACGACCUUCCUGAACAUCAUUUUGAGACGUUCAGACACUUGGCUGAGCAUCUCAACAAAGUGGCCUCUUACGAUCAAGUUAAUAAGAUGGACACGAGAAAUUUGGCUUUAAUGUUUGGUCCAACACUGAUUCGCCAAAACAACGACGACAUGGCAACCAUCGUUAAGGACAUGUCGGACCAGUGUCGCAUUGUGGAGAGCAUUAUAUGCCAUUAUGAAUGGUUCUUCAGCUCUUGGGACCAGGACAGUUAUGUCCCUUUGGAUGAGAAUUAUGAGGAAAAUUCUCGGCCAUCCAACACCUCCUUCUCAAAGAUGUCUUGUGAUGAUGAUGACAAUGCCAACAAUCCAAAAUACAUUGUGUCAUCAUUUGUACAAGCAGCGAAAAACCGUGUAAAGGGCGCGGACGAGGUAGACGCAAGCCAAGCCCCGGCUCCUCCGUACAGAGAGAGAAACAUUGAUCAGGAGGUCGCGAAACACCGCAUGAAAACACAAAACGAGACCACACAGAGCAGUCCCAAUCUCACAACUGUCCUGAAGACUAUGCCUCAACAAAUACAAGUGGUAGUGCGCAAAACAGAAAACCCCAAUGAUCGUCGAAUGGCAAAGUCCCAAGAGAUUUUAGAUCCAGAUUGGGAAUAUAUAGAUGCAGAGCGACAAUCUCAAAGUAUGAUAAUCAAACCGAGACAUUACUCGGAAGAUUCUCUUGAUAAAAAUGAUGAAAUGGAGUUAUCGUCCCAUGGUGGUCUCAGUGGGGGUUUUAGUGUGAGUCGUGAUACAAUAGAUCGUCUUCGGAAAAUUGAAGAGGAGGCUAGAGCGCUGCGGGAAAAGGAGGAAAAACGGAGGAGAGAUUUCGAAAGGAGAAAAUUGGAACGACAGAAAGUUGAACAAGAUAUUCAGAGAACGAAGAAGGAAAUUGAAUAUGAAGACAGUCAGAAUGUAGACGAUUUACUCAAUUCACCGUCAGUGUGGCAUUCUGCGAGUGAACUUCAUCGAUAUUCGUCAACUGGUCAUGUGAGACAAGGUUCGGCGACGUCGGAUUAUUCCAGUGUGUCAUCCGGGGCAGACAUACAUGGAGGUCCAUCAUGGCUCAAAUAUAGCAAUGCAUCAGACUACACAAGUGGUGGGUCCCUGGUAAAUGCAAACGGAGAAAAAGUUUAUAAGGACCCUAAGCAUGGAGGCAAGUAUUUUGUGAUACAGAGUGUGAAUAGUGCUAAAAUUCCUCCUACAAAACGAACAAAUUCCUUGGAAACAAUGUUAGAGAAUGACGAGGAAACAAAGCCGAGGCAGUACGCAAGAAUCACGACAAAACGUGGAUCGGAAAAGCCUCGGUGGGCAACUCGGGAAAGUGGUGAACAUAUACGACGCUCUCGUGGCAACUUGAGUCGUAGUAAUUCAGUGAGGAGAGGUUCAUUAGAUUCUUUAAUUGACCUGUUAGACAGACAAGAUCAGAAAGUCUAUGGCUACAACUCCUCGGAUUCAGAGGAUGGGUCUGAUCUUCUGAGCGACUUGACAUCCACGUUUGAUCAGAAGCUAAAAGUCUUGGUGAAUCCCAAGUACAAGCUAAAUGGUAGUACAAGCAGACUCAACAAAAGUGAUGGUUCUGGUUCUGUUACUAGUGACAAAAGUGAGCGUAGUGAAAAAAAUGAGAAAGAGAAUAAUGCUCACAUGCGUUUGCCCCCUCAGCUUCCACUGGCGCUGUGCAAUAAGUUUGGCCUGUGUAGCAGCAAUGACAUGCUUGAAAAACAAUACAGAGAUCCAAGUCUUCACAGGUCUCCCUUACAGAAAAGUGAGGCUAAGAUCGGCAUUGCGUACCGUUUUGAGCGUAGCCCCGCGAACAGUGCCGGCUCGACCAACAGUCGGGAGAAUAUGGGCGGAACACCGAAUCAGGUAUCCAGCUCUUCGUACCCUGGUCAUGCCACUGAGCCACGUACCACAUUCAUGGUGGUCAACCCCUCCCCAGUGACAGUCCUUGACCGAUCAGGCCGCCACUACUCACCAUCAGGAAUGUCACAGGGCAGAAAUAUAGCCAAAGGGGACAGUAGUCGUGAGGUACGACCCAUUUCUAAAUCUGAAAAAACUGAAGUGAACGUGUCUUUGUCUAAACAGGUCAAAGAUGCAACCAGUGCUGAGAGGCCGACCAGUUUUGUAAGAACUUUUGACAUUAGUGGAAAUGACAAAGCUUUAAAAGCUAGGUCGUCGAGUCCAGAGCCAGCACGGAAGGUGAAGAGGACAAAGCGGAGACACACUGUAGGAAGUACAAAUGAUGAACACUUCCAGGCCCUCAAGACCCUAUCCAAGCCUAGGGACGAGUCAAAAAUGUCGGCAUGGGAACGACUUCAACCUGGCGGAGGAAAAGACUAUCAGAUUAGUGCUAACCAAAAUCUCUUAUCCUGGAUGCAAAAUGAGCGUCUACGUGCAAGUGUUCCCGAUUUGUCAGUGGGCACGAUGGCUCAUAGUGGUUCCUACUCAUGAUAAUGCUAUAUAUACAUGUCGGCAUAAAACUGGCCUGUUGACAUUGUAAAUGGUUUUAUGUCUAAAGCAUUAAUUACCUGACUGUUUUAUUUGUGUGUUGCCAUGGUUUUACAUGAAUAUUUAUUACAUUGCCAUGGUUUUGCCUAUAAAUAGCUUAUGUAACCAUGGAUUUUAUUACAAUAGCUUGUGACUUUACCGUGGUUUUAGUUCAAUAGCUUGUUAUAAUUAGGUUGCCAUGGUUUUAUUUUUGAUGGCUUGUUAGGUUACUAUGGUUUUGAUAGCUUGUUACGUUACCAUGGUUUCCAAUAUUACAAUUAUUUGUUACCAUGGUUUUGCUUAUAUCCUGCCAGUGCUCUUUCAUAGUAUAUUUUUCCUUCGUCAAUUUUAGCUGUUUUCCCUAGAGACGUAUCGGAUUACGUAUGUAUUAUUACGGAGAUAAGACUUUGACUGUUGAAUAGUUGUUUUUAUAUUCGUGAUUUCAUCAGCUUAUAGUAUUUUUUUUUAUUAUGACUUUUUCGCUUUUUUCGUAAAAAAAAAAUACUUUUUAAAAGCUCAUGUCAAUCAUACACAUUCAUCAAGUGUUUAUCUGUCUUGUUCUUUCAUGUAAAAUAUUGCAGAGUUCUGAAAUUAUCAAACUUUCAUGAAAAAUGUAGACAUUUCUGACUGACACCUAAAAUUUAACACCUGUUUUGGGAUAUUGUAAGUCAUAGAUUAGUUUUUGAAGCUUCUUAACUUAAAUGUCCUUAAUUAUAAUAGCGGAAAAAACAACAGGCCAAAAUUUACCAAAAUCUAUAUUCUGCGUAUUUAUCAAUAUAUAGUAUAAUGCUAGAUCUAAAAAACUGACAUAUAUGUGUGAAAAAUUUCAAUAUGAAUAUUUCAUUUUCAAAAUGCAGUGCAAUGAAAAGAUUUAAAUUAUGUAUGUUUGAAGUCCUUUCAGACUUCAUCAGCAAUACCAAUAGUAACUAAUAUUUAUAUAAUUAAUAUUGUGUCUGAAUAUGCUAUAAGGCUAUUUAUAUCUUUUAUUAAUACAGACUUCGAUGAAUCAUUUCUGAUUUACUUCAGUAUCUGUCUAUCUUUUAUAUUGUAACGUGAAUUUUUGUUCACAUGAAAAAUGCCAUGUUUGGCAACACAAUCCAGCUACCUUGGAAUGGUUGCUUCAUUUUCCUAUAAUAUUAUUGGUGGAAACAGAAUUUAUAUAAAUCAAGAUCUUGUUGUUUGAAGAAGUAUGUAAUAUUUAGAAAUAAAGAAAUGCUAACAUAAAUAUCAUUGUUAAAGGCAAGAAAGCCUAAAACAACCACACCUUGAUAAACAGAAGUCUCGUUUACUUUUACUAAAACAUGUCAGUGUUGAAAAUAUGUAUUUACUGUUCAACAAGAGUACAAAGUCCUUAAGUGAUUUCACAAAAUUAAUUCAUUAUACAUUUGUUUUUCUGUGAGCUGCUGUGCAGUUUGCUUACAUUGUAUUGUCCAAAGAUUAUAGAUUAUUACAGUACAAAUAAUUAUCGUUAAUAUAAAAAAUUCAAUGCUGGCCAUUGUAACUCAAUACCAGUAUUUUUCCACCACACCUUAAACUAUGUGUGUUUUAAGUUUUUUUACACCUUAAAUUUUAAAAUGUCUUCACUGUCACUUUACUAUUCUGAAUAAAAACAGAAUUUUAAUAAGUUAGACAUUAAAUUGACAAAUUUUCCAUUUGGAAAAUAUUCUUACACUUUUUUUAAGUGACUUGAUAUGAAAACACCAUGCACUAAAAUCUUUGACAAUAGUUUUGAAAACUUGCAUGGAAAUAACUGUAGUAUUGGUUAGAUACAGCCGUCAGCACUUUGUUAGAUUGCAGUCACUCAAUACAUUUGUAGAUUAUUAUCUUAAUGUUUUGUGUAUAGAAUAAUUGUCAGCAAUGAUCGCCAUGUAUGUUUAUAGGCAUAGUUCGGGUAAUUUAACAGUGCAGAAAUGACCCUUUCAUACCCUGGAGUACUGGGCGGAAAUUUUCAAAAUCACCAAAUGCAGAAAUCGUCAAUCAAGCAACACUUUGGCCAGUUAGCCAGUAACUAUAUACGUAGGGAAAUAAGUACUACUGUAUAGAGUAAAAUUCACUGUCAUAAGAAGCUGUUGAGAAAAUUUUUAUUGAGGUAUAAGUUCUGCAAAACUAAAAAAAAAUACCUUUUUAUAGGAAUCUUUUAAGUGUUUAGUGGGAAAAUCUUGCCCCAAAAUAUGACUUGUAAUUUUUUUUUUUUUUACAUUUACAGCAAAGGUUUUUAAAUUGUCAGUUUUGUGGUAGGUAAGAUAUGGCUGCAUCUUGCCGCUAUGAUUAGUGCUGAGUUAAAUUGUGUAAAAUUUUACUAUAAAUAUGCAUAAUAAUACCAUUACUGCAGUACUAACAAGUUCCAUACAUCAGGGAGAGUGUGAGAGAGUUAGUUAGACGAUGUUGAGAUUAUCCAUCCCCUCAUUAUAUAUUUCCAUUAGAAAAUCAUUUUCAUUGAACUUUGUACAAAAAAUUCCUUAUCAAGGGGAAUAACCCCAGCGGAUUUAACAAAAAAAAUCCUUAUCAAGGGGAAUAACCCCAGCAGAUUUAACAAGGAAGAAAAGAAGAGCUGUUUUAUAUCGCAAUGUUUAAAACGGAAUACAGCACAUUACAUUGAGGACAGUAACGUAGACAAAGAAAGAACUGGAAUUCCCAUAUAAAGUAACAAAAUAGUUUUGAUAGAUAUACAAUCAUGUGUAGGUUACAUUUUCUGCGUCUUUCACGAGACUUUAUAGAUUUUUCUGUGAGACUACAUUGAAUGUAUGACUUGAAGAUGAUGUAAAUAUUGUUUAAUUUUAACAGAGCUUCUGUAAAGGUCUUUUGCAAUAGAUUUUACUCCUGAUGUUUUAGAAUCAGUUUUGAUAUUUAAUGUUUUUGUUACAUGUAGAUCUUUGUAUUAAAGGUUGGAAAUAUAAAAAAAUAUUCAUUAUUUUGAAGGUAGUAACAAUUUUUUUUAAAAUUGAGAAAAAAAUAUAUUCAAAAUACCUUUAAAGAGCAAGAAAAAAGUUUCUUCUAAAGACCAAAAUUUUGCCAGCUUAUGAUUGUUUAUAGCAUUUGAAACAAAAACAUUAAAUAUUGGGAAAAAAACUCCUAAUUUUGUGUAUAUUUUGUGUACCAAUUUUACAUCCUUCAUCUAUAUGGUCUUCCAUUUUUCAUGUAGUUUUUUUAUACUAAAUAAGUUGUAUUGAAAAUGUUAACAUGUUUAGACAGAUUUAACCAUGGUUAGCUACUGUUAACUCAGUUAGCUGUUGUAAACCAGGUUAAGUGAUAAUUAAUCAGGUUAGCUAUUGUUAACCAGGUUAAGUGAUAAUUAACCAGGUUAGCUAUUGUUAACCAGGUUAAGUGAUAAUUAACCAGGUUAGCUGUUGUUAACCAGGUUAAGUGAUAACUUGUUGUUAUGGCAAGGUUAACUUGUGAGAGUACUGAAAGAUACCAAAGAAUGACAUAUAGACUAUCAGUGUUCUGUUUAACCAAUACUGUACAGUGGAGCACUGGAUAGUUGUACAAAUGAAAUCUUAAAGAUGGA